ACGACUUUGAAGCAUCCCGAUUCCUUCAACCCCAUCCCUCUCAUUCUCCAAUCCACAAUUCGGCAUUCUCUUGUGUUGCCGACCACACGUCAUUCCCUUCUUUCCUAUUCAAUUUAAUAUACUAUCAUCUUGAUUGGAAAGCUUUGGUUGCCUUCGGAGGCUGUGGUCAAGAUGAGCUCCAUGGGAAUGCGGAGCUUUGCCUCGUCAAAGCUGUCGAGAGGCAUUAGAACGCCUGCUCGAUACUUCUCGUCCACGCGACCGGCCGCUCGCAUCAUUGCGAAUCAGCCGCUGCGCGCCAAGGAAGCCUCUCCUUUCGUGAGCAACAAGUAUCCUGUUGUUGAUCACGAGUACGAUGCUAUCGUUGUUGGUGCCGGUGGAGCAGGUCUCCGUGCGGCUUUCGGUCUGGCCGAGGCUGGCUUCAACACUGCCUGUAUAUCAAAGCUUUUCCCCACCCGUAGCCACACUGUCGCUGCUCAAGGUGGUAUCAACGCUGCGCUCGGAAACAUGCACGAGGAUGACUGGCGGUGGCACAUGUACGACACCGUCAAGGGUUCGGACUGGCUCGGUGACCAGGACGCCAUCCACUACAUGACUCGUGAGGCCCCGGCCAGUAUCAUUGAGCUUGAGAACUACGGAUGCCCUUUCUCCAGAACGGAAGAUGGCAAGAUUUACCAGCGUGCUUUUGGUGGACAGUCCAAGGAGUACGGCAAGGGAGGCCAGGCCUACCGGUGCUGCGCUGCCGCUGACCGUACCGGUCACGCUCUGCUCCACACUCUCUACGGCCAGUCCCUGAGACACAAUACUAACUAUUUCAUCGAGUACUUCGCUAUGGAUCUGCUCAUGGAGGACGGUGAGUGCAAGGGUGUCAUUGCCUACAACCAGGAGGAUGGCACUCUUCACCGUUUCCGUGCCCACCACACUGUUCUCGCCACUGGUGGUUACGGCCGUGCCUAUUUCAGCUGUACCUCUGCUCACACUUGCACUGGUGACGGUAUGGCUAUGGUUGCUCGUGCUGGUCUUCCCAACCAGGACUUGGAGUUCGUCCAGUUCCACCCUACUGGUAUCUACGGUGCUGGAUGCUUGAUCACUGAAGGCUCUCGAGGUGAGGGUGGCUACUUGCUCAACUCUGAGGGUGAGCGUUUCAUGGAGAGAUAUGCCCCGACUGCCAAGGAUCUUGCCUCUCGUGACGUCGUCUCUCGAUCCAUGACCCUUGAAAUCCGCGAGGGCCGUGGUGUCGGCCCUGACAAGGACCACAUCUACCUCCAGCUCAGCCACUUGCCCCCUGAGAUUCUCCACGAGCGUCUGCCCGGUAUCUCUGAGACCGCCUCCAUUUUCGCCGGUGUCGAUGUCCGCAAGCAGCCUAUCCCUGUCUUGCCCACUGUCCACUACAACAUGGGCGGUAUCCCGACCAAAUACACCGGUGAAGUCCUCACCAUUGACGAGCAGGGCAACGACAAGGUUGUCCCUGGUCUCUUCGCUUGCGGUGAGGCCGCCUGUGUCUCUGUCCACGGUGCUAACCGUCUCGGUGCAAACUCUCUGCUCGACCUUGUCGUCUUCGGCCGUGCCGUUUCCCACACCAUCCGUGACAACUUCACUCCUAACACGCCUCACAAGGAGACGAGCGCCGACCUUGGUGCCGAGUCCAUUGCCACCCUCGACAAGGUCCGUACCGCCGAGGGGCCCAAGAGCACUGCCGAUGUCCGCCUCGCCAUGCAGAAGACUAUGCAAACGGAUGUCAGCGUCUUCAGAACGCAGGAGAGUUUGGAUGAGGGUGUCUCGAAGAUUCACGAGGUUGAUGCCAUGUUCAAGGAUGUUGGCACCAAGGACCGCAGCAUGAUCUGGAACUCUGACCUUGUUGAGACUCUUGAGCUCCGUAACCUCUUGACUUGCGCUGUCCAAACCGCCGAGGCCGCUGCUAACCGCAAGGAGUCUCGUGGUGCCCACGCCCGCGAGGACUACCCCGACCGUGACGACGAGAACUGGAUGAAGCACACUCUUACCUUCCAGAAGAAACCUCACGGCAAGACUGACUUGACCUACCGUAACGUCGUUGGCCACUCGCUCGACGAGAGCGAGUGCAAGUCUGUCCCUCCAUUCAAGAGAACUUACUAAACGCAUUUUCUCCGACAACCGAAUAGACUCUCCUACACUUGAGAGUUCUAGUAUAUUUACCCCACGAUUGUUGGCAUGUAACUUCUUCAUGUAUUCGACCUAAAUGCGAAUGCCACUGGCAGCCAUACACGCGUCAGGCAUUACAGUAGGCUUUUUUCUUUUUGAGCCUCUUACUUUUUUUUUUUCCCUUUACUCUAUAAUUUCCCCUGCGUUUUUGUAACUUUUUGCGCCGUGUAUGGAGUCAGCAUCCCUUGUAAAUGGAAUGAAUCUGUCAAAAAGAAGAAAGAACAAAAGC